CAUGUUUUCCAACAAAUGCAUCCUCCUACUGCUGGGCUGCUGCAGUAGUCUACUGUUGAUGCCGCAAUGCAACGCAGAACCUUCGUAUGUUGAUAUGCCGGUGUCCAACAUUCCGCUCUACACGGAUGGUAUAUAUUUCGAGCAGCUUAAACCGAUUAAGGUGCAGGUAAGCACUUGGACACUGCGGGCCGACUACGAUAUUGCGGAGUUUAUCGCCGAAAUCGCAACGGCCAGCGGUACGGUGUCCCACCUGUUGAAGGCCUGCGCAGAAAUGCGAGAGAAAAAGAUUGGAAACUGUGAGGGAAUUAAUAACAUUCUCGAGCUGACGAAGGAACUGAACGACUUCAGUGCGCUACUGUCGAGCAUGUGCGAAGAGUCGGAUGUAGGCUCCAGGCGUACAAAGCGUGGCAUACUUCGAUCGUGGUUCGGCCUAAUGGACGACGAGGAUCGCACCGAAAUCAACAGCAACUUUGAUAAGGUAAAUCAACAGAUCGCCAUCGAAUCGUCGACGCUGAAGAUGUUCUACAACACGACAAACCAAGCGCUAGCCGUGUUGACGGGCAACCUGUUUAAAGUGGACCCGAAAAAACCAAAUGCGAUCGACUUUACACGCGAGGGGCAGCUGUUGCUGAUGGAUAUUUUGCUGAACAAAAUUAUCGCCAAGAAGAACCUCUUCAUGCAGUUGCUACAAAGUACCAGCACGAUGGACCUGAGCGAUAGUAUCAUUUCCCCCAAUAAGCUCCUGGUGGAGCUGGAGAAGGUGCAGGGAUACCUACCGGAAGAGUUUAUUUUCCCCGUCGAACUGAAGCUUCGCGAGGUAAUCAAACUUUAUCCCCUCUCGCAGGUGGUAGCGUAUGUUGAAGGGUGUCGGCUUGUGGUCAACAUUCUGCUUCCGCUCUGCAAUCGUUUAGUGUAUCGUACAUUGAAAGGAACGAACGUACCGAUGCUGAAGGACGGUGUGGUGACACUUAUUGUGCUCGAGCGAGAUAUUGUAGCGUUUAACGAAACCUCGAACAGCGGAAUGGUCAUGUCGUACGAUGAGUAUAAAGCGUGCAAUCAUUUGACCGAUUUUGCCCUCUGCAAUUCCCAUCAUCUCAUGCGAAAUCUCACAACAACCGAUGACUGCAUUGCGGCCACUUAUUUCAACAACACUCAGCGCGACUCGAAUUGUCGUACCACGCGGCUGCAGCUGCGGUCUCAGAUGUGGGUACAGCUCGCUGACCCGAACGCCUGGAUUUAUGUGGUGCCCAACUUUACCGAUAUCACCAUUCAAUACGGUACGGAUCGUUUGAAAGGGCUCACACUGCACGGAGUCGGUAUAUUGAAACUCCUGCGUAUGUGCCACGUGCGAUCGAUGGACGUCCUAUUGCAAUACAUACCUCAACUGGGAGGAACCCGCAUUAAGCUGGCCACCGAAGGCUUUAGUCUACCGGUCACCAUAACGCGCGAGCAAUCGCUAAUCAUAUCGGCCAGUCCGAACGACAACAGCCGCGUCAUUCCGGUGGGAAAAUUCACCGAGACCGAUCUGCACGAUCCGUCCCUCGUGGCCGGGAUUUAUCGUGAGUCGAGUGGCAUCUCCCCGUGGGCUGUAGUUGGCAUAAUUUGUGGCGUUUGUCUGGUAUUUUUCGUCAUAUUGCGUGUAUUUGUUAUGAAGCAUGUGUUGAAACGAUUUUCUAGAGCCGAUCGAAAUGCCGCAACUCGGCGGACGAGUUGUUUGGACGGACAUUACGAUGCGUCUCAAAUUGCCAAUCAAUCUACGUACCCCAUAGUAGCGACUUAAAUAAGCACAAAAAAUCGAUAGAGCAGUCAGUGCCUUUAUAGUGAAAGGCGGUUGAGAACUGAAGACCAAAGCGCAAUUGGUAGGUGCUACUGCAACGAUUAAUACUAAGCAUCGUGAUUAUAUACUUAUUUCAAAAAUGUUACCAUACCUAGUGGUGAAAGGCUUCAAGCACGUGUUGGCCGAAUUUCCCUCAUUUGCAGGGAAAAUAAUCUGGAGUCUUCCCAUAAUUGCCUGCUGAGCUAAUUGAGAAGAAAACUAAAGGAAUUUGGUGAUAAUUACCGAUAACGGUUUGUGAUGAAUUGCAUGAAGAGGUUGAAAUCAAACGGAUUAGCUUUAGCAAGAAUACUAUUUGCCACAAAGAGAACAUGCAGCACUCAAAUGUUAAAGAAAAGACAAAGAGUUUACAUACCAAAUCUUGAACUCAAGGUGAGGAUUUCUAGGAGUUAGGUCAAAACUAUAAAAAAUCGCCAUUAAUUAAUUACUGGAAACACAUCGAUCACAUUAUUCUCUCGUUUUUAGUUGUUCUAUUAUUUUAACAAUUAUUCGUUAUUGCUCUAUCAAAGAAUUAAAACAGGACGCAUCAUCAGUUUGUCAUGAACUGAACAUUUUUUUAUGUCCUUUAUUUUUGGAUUGCUCUUCUACACGAAAAAUUAAUAAAUAAUAAAUCACUUAUAGUAGGCUAACUACUUGCACAAAACCGGAUAAAAACCAUGUUCUCGAUUCGACCUGCAGUGUACCUAAGAAGGUGCUUUUCUUCCAUCCGAAUACCGGCCUCAGGCCAGAAAGAAAGCAAUCUUGUCCCACGUUCGCUUCCGGAACAGCUCGU